AUGACAGACUUUACUGGGUUGCGUCUUGGCUUUAUUGGUGGAGGCAAUAUGGCUGGUGCAAUUAUUGGCGGACUGUUGAAAUCCGGUCUUUCCGCAUCCAAUAUUAUCGUGUCAGAACCCUGGGACGAAGCUCGUGCUCGUCUAGUUUCACGGUUUAAAGUUCAGGUCACCACCUCAAACACUCAGGCAAUUGCGUUUACCAAUCAAAGCCAAACGACUCCUGUCGAUGUUCUUAUUCUUGCUGUCAAGCCUCAAGUCAUGAGAUCCGUUGCUGAAGGCAUUUCGGACGCCGUCUUGACUCACAAGCCAUUAAUUGUGUCAAUUGCUGCUGGAAUUACCAUUUCAAACUUGUUGAAGUGGUUGACAUGUUCAGCCAAGAAAGGGAUGACCGAGUCACCAGCAAUUGUGCGAUGCAUGCCAAACACUCCUGCGUUGGUUGUCGAAGGAGCAACGGGUAUGUAUGCAGCUCCUUCAGUCACCACCAAUCAAAAGGAAAUUGUUUCUGCUGUGCUCAAGUCUGUAUCGAAGCAAAACUACUGGGUCAAGGAGGAAUCUCUGUUGGAUGUCGUAACAGGCAUAUCUGGAUCUGGUCCAGCUUAUUUUUUCCUGUUGGUCGAGUGCCUCGAAGCCGCAGGAGUGAAAUUGGGGCUUCCUGCAGAUGUUGCUCGUGGACUUGCAGCACAGACUUGUUUAGGAGCGGGUCGCAUGUUGACAGAUACAGGCGAGGAUCCAGCUGAAUUAAGACGCAAAGUCACAUCUCCAAAUGGUACCACCGAGGCAGCACUCAACUCACUCGAAGGGAACAAGAUUCGAGCCAUCUUUGCUGAAGCCGUCCAGCGUGCUACCGAACGCAGCGCAGAGCUAGGAUCGCUUUUAGCAAAUAAUUAA